UCAUCUAUAUAAGACCGACUGUGUUUCCUUCAACAGCUUCACUUGAUCUUUGCCUCUGCAGCUGCAUCACAAUACAGUUUUCACCAUGGGAGGUGGCUCUUCUUCUCCUAAAUCACCUCCAGCUCCACCACGUCGUCCUACACCUCCACCUUCUCCUACUUUGAAAACUCCGUGGAGACAAGUAUCUUGGGGGAACCAGGAAGAUCUGCAGUAUGUGAAGAAUUUUCAGCUUCAAAAUGACCAAGUGAGACAUGUCAGAGUUUUGCUCUAUGGCCCAGUCGGUGCUGGGAAGUCCAGCUUCAUCAAUUCUGUCAGCAAUGCCUUACGGAGAAGAAUAACCUCUCCAGCUUUGACCAACGCAACAAACGAGGAGGAAGGAAGUUUCACCAAAAAAUAUGAAACCCACAACAUUAAGAAGGAUGCAGAGCAGUUUUACCCAUUUGUCUUCAAUGACCUGAUGGGUUUGGAAGAAGGGAGUGGACGAGGAGUGAGAGUGGAAGACAUCAAACUGGCCAUGAUGGGACAUGUGAAGGAGGGUUAUAAGUUCAACCCUGCGUCUCCAUUGUCCACGUCUGAUUCUGGCUACAACCCUUCACCUUCUCCAGAGGACAGAGUUCAUGUUCUGGUUUGUCUCUACUCUGGUAACACGACAGAAAUUAACAGCUCAGUGUUACAGAAGAUGAAAGCCAUCAGAGAGACAGCCAGCGACUUGGGUAUUCCACAGUUAGCUGUUCUUACCAAAUUUGAUGAGGCCUGUCCUGAAACUGAAAAGGACCUGAAGAAUGUGUACAAAAGCAAGCUCGUGAAGAGAAAGAUGGGAGAUCUGAGCUCAAAACUGGGGAUCCCGCUUAACUUCAUCCUUCCUGUGAAGAACUACAGUGAAGAAACACAACUGAAUGACGACAUCGACACUUUGAUCCUGAGCGCACUGAGAAUGAUGAUUGACCUGGGAGAAGACUUCAUUGACUCUAAAUUAUAAACUGACACAUUCCUGACAGUUUCAGACAUACACAGUGAUGUAAUACACUCGAUGAAUUAUAGAUAAUCCCAGUACAAUAAGAGUCACUUUUUCCACACAGGUUGAUGUUAAUUACCAGAUAAAAUAAAAAUCAGGAAGUUGUUAAUAAAAGCUGAUAUGACUGAGUGUGAUUAAACUGAAAAGAAACACAAGUUUCAUCUCUCUCUUUUCCUUUCUUAAUAUCGACUAACAUCACAGAAAUAUAUCGAAGAACAUUUAUAAUCAAAUAAAAUAAAGCUGUCAUUGUCUUUGCAGAUAAAUUUCACACAUGCACUCCAGCAAUGAGCUUGUGUAGCCAUCACCCAACUCUGCAUGUUAGAAUGCAAAUGUGCACUUAAGAUAAAUAAAUGUCUCAUACAUUUGCAUUAAACCUUGUAUGGUGUUUAGGUCUGUUGUACCCUU